AUGGCUUUCGAAAUAAUCAACACGACAUCAACGUCGAUUCAAGACCUCUCCCUUGCCUUCGCUACAAGCCAAGCUUUGAGCAUAGAAGAACACUGGGCUUCAUCUCUAGUAAAAGAUGCGUUGCAUCGAGCAAGUAACGUACAAAGACACACACACACCGAGAGGGAGGAUCUAGUUGAAGAAUUAGGAGACAUGUUGACGUAG